UGGGAAGGGACUGAAGGAGGAAGUGUAAGAGCGAGAGUGAGCGAAAGCAGAAGGGUUGGAAGAUGAAGGAGGCUGUAGUUGGUUCUUGCUGAGAGGCUCCAUCAAGGGGGACCUGUGUGAAGAGAAGAUGCACCUGCUUCUGCUCUUCCUUCUCAUCCUCUGGCUUUCAGGUUCAGCUGCCAUCAUGGGUCCAAAAGCAGCGAGAGGCCUGGAGCGGGGCUCGCUGACUGUGCAGUGUCAAUACGGCCCUGGGUAUAAGAACUACGUGAAGUGGUGGUGUCGAGGAGCUGACUGGGGCCGCUGCAAGUUCGUUGUUAAAACCACUGGAUCAGAGCAGGAGGUGAAGAAGGACCGUGUGUCCAUCAAGGACAAUCAGAAAAAUCGCUCGUUCACUGUGACCAUGGAGAAGCUCAGGCUGAACGAUGCAGACACUUACUGGUGUGGGAUUGAGAGAACUGGAACUGACCUGGGGGUCCAAAUUGAAGUGACCGUUGACCCAGCACCAGCUGCAGUGCCGACCACCACCUCCACUACCACCACGUUCACAGCGCCAGUCACCACGGGAGACACCAGAGGCCACCCCUCCAACGGCGGCAGCAGUGUCUUCAUGAAUCUCAGCGUCCUCAUUCCCCUCGUCUUUGCUGUGUUGCUGUUUCUGUUGGUGGUGGCCUCACUCGUGGCUUGGAGAAUGAUGAAGCGACAGAAGAAAGCUGCUGGGAUGUCCGCAGAGCAGGUGCUUCAGACCCUGGAGAGCGACAUCUGCUACGCAAACUUGAGCCUUCAGCAGACUGGAAACUCCUCUGUUUCCUCCCGGAAGAAGGCCUCCAGGAGCUCCUCCUCUUCUGCUCAGGCCAACCAAGUGGAAGUGGAGUAUGUCACCAUGGCCCCUCCAAGGCCUCCUCCAUCUGUGGCACAGCCUCCUGCCAGCCUCUCUAACCCCGAGGACAUCUCAUUGCAGGCUCCCUCCCCCAGGGAGCACAUUGCAUAUGCAGCUCUGUCUUUGGACACCUUGGAUCAGGAGCCAACCUACAGCAACACGGGGUACCUUAGCACCCACGUUCCCAGCAGGAGCCAUGAGGAGCCCACGGAAUACAGCACCAUCAGAAAGCCUUAGCCUGUGCUCCACAGGCCCCUCUCUGACUCUCCUUGAGGCCUGUGGGCACAUUCCUGCUUCGUCUGCUUUCUGCUUCCAGCCCCUCAUGGGACCAGUCAGUGACUGAGGCCUCUGCCUGAUGCAGCCAGCAUCACAGCCAGCUUUGGUUUGGGCUCAGAGCCUCAUCUCAGGGGGCUUCUGGGAGUUAGACAGGGGUCUUUCCACAUCCCUUUCUCUCCCACAGAGGAGGGGACUACGGAUACACACUGGAACUGCUGAGGGGGUAAUCACGAUGAUAAUGGUAAUAAUAGUAAUUAAUCUUUAUUUAUUGCUUACCAUGUAUGAUGGGCUGAAUAAAGGUCCUCAAAGUUA